UGUCUCAUGACAAACUGCUUUCCCCACACACACCGACUUGUGUGGGAGGGCGGUCCAUGAGGAUGAGCCUGCUAGCCAGCUUCGAGCGAGCUAGCCGUCAGGAGCUAGCGUGCUACCAAAUUGUGCAGUUUAUUUCGGUACGGCACGAUGAAUAACAUCAUGGAGUGUUACAGGCGUACGCAUCCACGAUAUAUUAACAGCAACGCCGAUAGCUAGGUGCAUCUGUCUUGAAAAACUGGGCUGCCUCGACUUCGGACGACCGCUGCUUGGAUGGAGUAGGGAGCUAGCAGCGCCUGGCCGAGACGUUAAGAACGGGUUGACAUUGCUCACCUUAUAAUUACCAGACAUUGAAAAGAGCGGACUGCUGGCACAACCAUGCCUCCCAGGCCAUCCUCUGGAGAACUAUGGGGUAUGCACUUGAUGCCCCCCAGCAUCCUGGUGGACUGCCUUCUGCCAAAUGGCAUGAUUCUCACAUUGGAGUGCCUCAGGGAGGCCACGCUGAUCACAGUCAAACAUGAACUGUUCAAAGAGGCCAGGAAGUACCCUCUUCACCAUCUGCUGCAAGAGGAGACCUCCUACAUCUUUGUCAGUGUCACCCAGGAGGCAGAAAGGGAGGAGUUUUAUGAUGAGACCAGGAGGCUCUGUGACCUCAGGCUCUUUCAAGCUUUCCUCAAAGUCAUUGAGCCAGUGGGCAACAGAGAGGAGAAAAUUCUCAACAGAGAGAUUGGUUUUGCUAUUGGGAUGCCAAUAUGUGAGUUUGAUCUGGUGAAAGACCCAGAAGUCCAGGACUUCAGAAGGAACAUUUUGAAUGUUUGCAAAGAGGCUGUAGACCUUAGAGACACUAACGGACCCCACAGUAGAGCCUUGUACGUCUAUCCUCCCAACGUAGAAUCCUCAGCAGAACUUCCCAAGCACAUCUUCAAUAAGCUAGAUAAGGGUCAAAUAAUUGUGGUGAUAUGGGUAAUAGUGUCACCGAGCAAUGACAAACAGAAGUACACCCUAAAGAUCAACCAUGACUGGGUGCCAGAGCAGGUGAUUGCUGAAGCCAUCAGAAAGAAGACGCGUAGCAUGCUGCUGUCCCAUGAGCAGCUAAAGAUGUGUGUGCAGGAGUACCAGGGCAAGUACAUCCUCAAGGUGUGCGGCUGCGACGAGUACUUGCUGGAGAAAUACCCUCUGAGUCAGUAUAAGUACGUGCGUAGCUGUAUCAUGCUGGGCCGUAUGCCCAACUUGAUGCUAAUGGCAAAAGACAGCCUGUAUUCCCAGCUGCCUAUGGACAACUUCACCAUGCCAUCAUAUGCACGACGAAUCUCCACAGCAACGCCAUACAUGAACGGGGAAACGGCCACCAAGCCUUUGUGGACAAUCAAUGGAACGCUGAGGAUCAGGAUACUGUGUGCCACCUAUGUCAAUGUAAACAUCAGAGACAUUGACAAGAUCUACGUCAGGACAGGGAUAUACCAUGGAGGGGAGCAGCUGUGUGACAAUGUAAACACUCAGCGCGUGCCGUGCUCAAACCCCAGGUGGAACGAGUGGCUGAGCUACGACAUGUACAUUCCAGACAUCCCCCGUGCUGCCCGGCUCUGCCUCUCCAUCUGCUCUGUGAAAGGCAGGAAGGGAGCAAAAGAGGAGCACUGUCCUCUAGCAUGGGGCAACGUCAACCUGUUUGACUAUACCCACACACUCGUGGCAGGGAAGAUGGCUCUUAACCUAUGGCCCGUUCCCCAUGGCUUGGAGGAUCUCCUCAAUCCUAUCGGCGUCACAGGCUCUAACCCUAACAAGGAAACCCCUUGUUUGGAGCUGGAGUUUGACCAUUUCAGUUCCCCUGUCAAAUUCCCUGAUAUGACCACCAUUGAGGAGCAUGCAAACUGGAAUAUAUCCAGAGAGCUUGGCUUUAAUUACUGCCACAGCGGUUUGAGCAACAGGCUGGCACGUGACAACCCCCUGACAGACAGUGACAGUGAACAACUACGUCUGGUAUGUAACAGAGACCCGCUGUCUGAAAUCACUGAGCAGGAAAAAGACUUCCUAUGGAGGCACAGGCAUCAAUGUGUCAGUAUGCCCGAGAUCCUCCCCAAGAUCCUUUUGGCUGUGAAAUGGAACUCCAGAGAUGAGGUUGCACAGAUGUAUUGCCUUCUGAAGGACUGGCCAGCUAUUAAGCCAGAACAAGCAAUGGAGUUACUGGAUUGCAACUUCCCUGAUCCUAUGAUCAGAGAGUUUGCCGUGAAGUGCCUUGAGAAAUACCUAACCGAUGACAGACUCUCGCAAUACCUCAUUCAACUGGUUCAGGUUCUGAAAUAUGAGCAGUACCUUGAUAACCCACUUGCACGGUUCCUGCUGAAAAAGGCAUUGACCAAUCAGAGGAUAGGACACUUCUUCUUCUGGCAUUUAAAGUCUGAGAUGCACAAUAAGACAGUGAGCCAGCGGUUUGGCCUGCUGCUGGAGUCCUACUGCCGGGCUUGUGGCAUGUACCUGAAGCACCUGAGCAGACAGGUGGAGGCCAUGGAGAAGCUCAUCAAUCUCACCGACCUCCUAAAGCAGGAGAAAAAGGAUGAGGCACAGAAGGUUCAAAUGAAGUUUCUGGUUGAGCAGAUGAGAAGGCCUGACUACAUGGAUGCACUACAAAGUUUCACCUCUCCUCUGAAUCCAGCACAUCAGCUGGGCAACCUCCGCCUGGAGGAAUGUAGGAUGAUGUCAUCAGCCAAGCGACCGCUGUGGCUCAACUGGGAGAACCCAGAUAUGAUGUCAGAACUUCUCUUCCAGAGUAAUGAGAUCAUCUUUAAAAAUGGAGAUGAUCUGAGGCAGGACAUGCUGACGCUGCAGAUCAUUAGGAUAAUGGAGAACAUCUGGCAGAACCAGGGGCUUGAUCUCAGGAUGCUGCCGUAUGGCUGCCUGUCCAUCGGUGACUGUGUGGGUUUGAUUGAGGUGGUAAGAAACUCUCAUACCAUCAUGCAGAUCCAGUGUAAAGGAGGCCUAAAGGGGGCGCUGCAGUUCAACAGCCACACACUGCACCAGUGGCUCAAGGAUAAGAACAGGGGAGAGAUGUAUGACCAGGCCAUAGAUCUAUUCACAAGGUCGUGUGCAGGCUACUGUGUAGCCACCUUUAUUCUGGGCAUAGGAGACCGACACAAUAGCAACAUUAUGGUCAAAGACGAUGGGCAGCUGUUCCACAUAGACUUUGGCCAUUUCCUUGAUCACAAAAAGAAGAAGUUUGGGUACAAGAGAGAACGUGUACCGUUCGUGCUGACGCAGGACUUCUUGAUCGUUAUUAGUAAAGGAACCCAGGAGUGCACCAAAACAAGAGAGUUUGAGAGGUUUCAGGAGAUGUGCUACAAGGCCUACUUGGCCAUCCGGCAGCAUGCCAACCUUUUCAUCAAUCUCUUCUCCAUGAUGCUGGGCUCAGGGAUGCCUGAGCUGCAGUCGUUCGAUGACAUUGCUUACAUCCGAAAGACCCUGGCCCUGGACAAGUCUGAGCAGGAAGCCCUUGACUACUUCAUGAAGCAGAUGAACGAUGCCCACCACGGCGGCUGGACCACCAAGAUGGACUGGAUCUUCCACACAAUCCGCCAGCAUGCCAUGAACUGAAAUAGCACCCAGAAGAUGGGAGAAGAGACAAGCAAAGGAGAGUGGCAACCAUUGCACGCCUUGAACUAAGAAGCGAUGAGGGCGAGUGAUUUUUGCCAUUCACACUAAGGCCUAGAUAAUACUAUUUCUGCCAGUGUGUGACUCUGAACAUCACCUGCCAGCACACCCUAAAGUAAGGGUGCUGAGAAGGCUAUUUCAGGGACAUUAAUGCUUAAAUGCUCCUGUUUCUACAGGCAUUUGAAUAUCAUCUCCCUGCACUAUGAACCUAAGAGAGCAGGGUGGAUUUAUAUUUCAUCAGUCUUCUUCAUUGGAGCGAGACAAGUAUCGUGGACCUUGACGAAAAUGGCCUUCUUCAUGUGUACAAACUAUGGGCACUUUCUUUUUUGUUUUAACAUCUCAACCCAUCAGCAUUGAGGAAUGGGGCAUCAACAUGAAAUGGUGUACUAUGAACGUAGCUGGCUUUUUUUCCCCAUUAUGAACAAAGAAAUCAUAACUACAUUGUCCCCACUACCUGAUGUCGGCACGUGCAGCCAGCCUGGUGGUCGUCAUCUGAGACAAAGCAGAAUGCAGGGAUGCUGUUGUCCAGCUGGGCAGGCGCCCACAAAAUCCUGAUUACCCCCCACCAUUUUGGCAACAAUCAGUACUCUAAUUACAGGACUGACAGUGUGUCACUACUAGCAGGAUGUCUGUUGAUGAAACACUAAACUAGCAUUUAACACGUUUGAAGCAUGUUUGCUUCAUCUGAAAUGAUGACUAUUGAUCAUUAUUUAUAACCUACACAUGGUCUGCCCUCAGUUUAGAGAUCAUGUCAUGACAAAUUCCUGACAUCUGAGAUUUUGUACAGCAGUAUAUUCUUGGUCUUGUAUGCAUACUGUGCACAUAUUAUUAUUAUUAUUCCUUUUCAAGUCUUUAUUUUCUACUGAGCCAAAGUACUAGACGUGUAACCCCACUACUCGGCAGUCUUAUUGUUAAAAAAAGAAAAAGAACAGAAAAAG